AUGCAGAGCCCUGAGGCAUCGGGCCCCGGUGCGCUCGCUGGCCUGCCUUCGACCCUCAAAUCAGUGAUAGCCACUCCGUCGACGUCACCGCUCGGCCUCAUCCCCCAGACACAGACAAUUCCAGCCGCUACUCAGACGGCCGCCGCUGCCUUCUCGCAACAACAAAUACAAGAAAGCCUGCAACAUGUUAUCUCCAGUCUGUCGUCGACGUCCGAUGAUGCCACACACCUCGUUGCCGCCGGUGGCGACUCCUCCGGCUCAACCGGCAAAGGCAUCUUGAUAGGGAUCCUCUCGGCCUUUGGAUCAGCCGCGAUUGCAUUUGUGGUGCUUGCGAUCUUCUUUUUCUUCAAAUAUACCCGCCGCGGGCGGAUUAUGCUCGAUCGCAUUGGUCGCCCCGGUGAAUAUGAUGACGAACAAGCCUUCUUGCGGGAGGAGGAAGCGGCGCUGGAGACGAUGGAUGACCUGACCAGGUCAGAGUAUUUGCGAGCAAAAGCUUUCGUCCAGGCCAACCCUCCAGAAUCUAUGCAAACGGAUAUUUCGCUGUCACAGUUCCUCGCCAUUCAAGAAAAGGGCGUGUCCGCUUGGGAGUUCCAACCAGAAUUAGAGAUUGCCAACUGUUUUGUGGAAGCUCGUACCGAAAUUGAGUUUUUCGACUCGGAGUGCAGCGUGCAGACCAAUCUACCUCUUCCGAAACAGAACGAGGUCUAUUACUGGGAGGCUAAGAUCUACGACAAGCCCGAGUCGACAAUGGUCGGUAUCGGUCUGACGACUAAACCGUACCCUCUUUUCCGAAUUCCUGGCUUCCACAAAACGUCUGUUGCCUAUCAAUCGACCGGCCACCGCCGACACAACCAGCCAUUCACGCCAACCCCAUACGGACCUCCACUCCUCCAAGGCGACGUUAUCGGUGUCGGCUACCGACCACGAUCGGGGACAAUCUUCUUCACUCGCAACGGCAAGAAGCUCGAGGAUGUCGCCCACAACUAUCGCGCCCAAAAUUUGUUCCCAACAGUUGGGGCCAACGGUCCCUGCACCGUCCAUGUCAAUUUUGGCCAGAUGGGCUUCGUCUUCAUCGAAGCCAAUGUGAAGAAAUGGGGCUUGGCCCCUAUGACAGGCAGCCUCGCCCCGCCCCCACCCUAUGGCAGCGAGCAGGGCAGCAUCCUGCUCGAGUCUGGCCGGGAAAGCGCCGCUACAAUCUCCCAGCGCGUGUACCAAUCGUAUAAUUCUCGGAGUGCUGGAAUUGGGAUUCCUCAGGCCGUCAGCCCCGGUCCGAUUCGAUCCCCGACCGACAUUUCCCUUGCCCAGCUGGCCCAUAUUCCGUCUAACGAGGAUGCUGGGGAGGGUUCCAGCCGCAUUGGAGUGGAUGGAGAAGAUUCCAGUACCCCCGUGGCUGGUCGUCCGGCGGGCGCUCCAGAUGAGCAUGAGGCUCCACCCCCAGAGUAUUCGAGCCCUGAAAGCAGCCGCAGAGGCAGUGAUGCUUCUUUAGAAUUCCCUGCCCGAGGCUCCGGAGAAUCCAGCCCGCCUCCGAAUGCCAAUGCCGCCGAUCUUGAAUCCCAGAACCUGCCCAGCUAUCAAGCCGUGGUCGAUUGGGAUCUCAAUGAACGUCAAUAA